UUUUUUUGGUAUCUAAAACAGAACUGUGUACUUUUUGAGGAGUUUGGGUGUGCCUGACAGAUCACUCCGAGCGGCUGCAAGUAAACAGACCUCAAGAGAACCGUCAAGAUGCAGGUUGUGGCUCUGAUUUUUGCUGCCCUGGUGGCUGUAGCGGCUGGUGAGACGUGCACGGGGGCUCAGGUGGACGCUGUAGGCUUCACCUCGCAGGACGCCACCAUUGUCACCAAGAUUGCCUACAUUGCUGACUUCACUCUGUCCUGCUCCAACGGUGCUAAGGAUGUGUCGCUGUAUGCCGAGACUGUGGACGGCAUUGUGGGUGUGGCUCGCUCUGUUGAUGGCGUCAAGUACCAGGUGAGCUGGGUGGAGGAUGUGGCCACCGCUGUGUCUGGUGAGCGCCCCAUCAAGCUGUAUGAUGACCAGGGUUAUGCCGCCCUCAGGAAGGCUCAGCGAGGUAAUGAAGAUACCUCCACUGUGCAGCCCAUUGCUGUUAUCAACCUGUACCACCCUGGUGCUUACCGAGGGCCCUGGAUCCAGUCUGAGACGAUGGCCAUUCUUGCUGCUAUCUUCAUCUACUACUAUGCUCUUACACAGAAGACUCGACUCAUGGCUUAGAGCUGUGUAAAGAAUGUAUGUGUGUGUGUGUGUGUGUGUGUGAAUGAGUGUGUGAGAGAUUCAGUCAUUCAUCAUUGCUGUUGUUAAUUAUUUUGUACAAUCAUGGGGGCUUUGGGUGUACAUGUAUGUGUGUAUGAAUGGCAAUGUGUGUACCAGUAUUGCUGAGUGUGUAAGUGUAUGAGAGUGAGUACAGGUGGAUACAGACCAUUCACGAGUCACUGCAGUCAUUCAUCAAUUCUUCAACCCGAGUGAAAUGAUAAUGUAAGAAGUAAACCCAAUUGGAAUAGAAAAAAAAUGGGAAGGUUGUCUCAUUUUCUUUUUUCAACUUGAGGGGCUGCAUAUUUAUUUAUAACCCGGGUAUAUAACACUCCUAUGGACGUGACAGUGCAGGCAGACCAUUGGAGGUGCCCUGUAGUCAGUCACAUGCUUACUUUGUACUCUUGUUGUGGAUGUCUGACUGGAUGAUUGUGAAGAAUGUGAGUAAAGUACCUAUUUGUUA